AUGUAUGCUGUAGAGAAAAAAUUCGAAAUAGAAAUGAAGUUACGAAAGGAGAUGACAAAUAUCCAAGAGUUGAAGGCUGCAGCUAAUCGUGGCUCAUCUCUUGCGAAUGAUGUGUGCAAUGUCCUCGGGGCAUGUGAGCAGCGCCUGCAGCAGCUGGAGACUGCUGUACUGCCUCUUUAUGGAGAUACUGCCAGGCUCCAACACAUUCAUCAAAACAUGGAACGCACAGUCCGUUCCUUGGAGCAUGUAAUAAACUACUACAUGGUGUCCAGAGAGCUCGUAGAUUUGAUACAGGCUGGGCCUAACACCAGCACUACUGAUUCACUUAACGUCUAUCUUGAAGCCCUGGACAAGCUAGCAGAUGCUCAAGGAUAUUUCAACAAAAACAACCCUCAGAGUGUGGAACUUGAAAAUAUUAAUCAACUUUACAAUACUGGUGUAUCAAAGUUGGAGAAUGCAUUUGAAGAACUUUUGAGUCGUAACACUAGGCCUCUAUCGCCUACCACACUAAUGGACAUGAUAGCUCUGGAAGAAGACUCGAGUGUGGACAGUGUCUCAGUGAGUGGUAGCGGCAGUACAUCGGCCACAGCGCUGGACAGUAUGCGCGCGGCGGCCGCCUGGCUGAGCGCCGCCGGCGUGCCGCCCGCCAACCAACUACUGGCCAUUAGGGCGCCUGCUGCUAAGAGCUCUCUUGUUGCCUUCAAAGAUUAUCUACGAUCUAGGUCUAUGGCUGCCUCGCCGCUUAUGAGAGCCAAGAAUCUAUUACAUCGAUCAGAUAGCACACAGAGAAGGACAAGUAAAUUGCAAAAAGUUAUCGAGAAACGUGCAAACAAGAUAAUGAUGAAAGCAUCUCAAACUCUGGAGCAGUCCACUGGAUUCGCUAUAGGACCCAGGAAAUCUGUUUGUGAAACUUACACGGAGGAGAGCAGCGAGGCGCUGGACGAGUGGGAGGCCGAGCUGGCGGGCAGCGCCGCGGCCGCGCUGUGUCGCCUGGCGCGACACGAGCAGCGGCACGUGCUCGGCCUGCUGCCGCUGCCGCGCCUGCCCGCGCUGCUCGCCGCGCUGCUCAAGGACUGCUUCGCGAUACUCGCGCAGGACGUGGAGCGUGCGUGCAUGAAGUCCCGUCGCUCGGCGAGUAAAUGCGGCAGUGCGGCGGGGUGCUGGGCAGUCCUGGCGCGGCUACAGCGCCUGCAACCUGAACUAGAGCGAGCACUGGCGCCCGCCUCGCCACAGCCGUACCAAGCCAUACUGCAGCACUGCCAGCAGAAUUGCGUGAAGUCCCUGGAGGAGUGGGUGGAGGGUGUCCGCGGCGACAGUUCGCCGGCGCCGGUGGACGGCACGGUGCACCAGCUGGCCGCGGCCGCGCUGGCGCACUGCCAGGCACUCGCCGCGCACAUCGCCACCAUCGGUCCCGCUCUCGCGACGGAGCCAUCCUACAACCGCGCAGUCAGUCAACUGUCGGGAGUCCACGAUAGAAAUGCUGUCAUGUUGGCUGUAUACAUGCGUAAAGUAUUAGCGCAGCUGAACUUCGCGCUAAGAACCAAAAGUGAGCAGUACCCAGAUGCACUGAAAGCGAUAUUUUUGCUGAACAACACUUUAUAUUUACUACAGGGUCUUCAGCGAAGUGGCUUGCUAGACGUGUUGAUGCUGGCUGAGCCAGACUGUGAAGUCAACUACAGGGACAUGAUACAGGAACAUAAAAAUGCUUACUUGCAAAGUUGGAACAAGCUUCUAGCUCACACAGUAUUAGACGAGCCCCUGCCUGCCAAGCUGCGUGACAAGGACAGGCAGAUGUUGAAGGAUAAGUUUGCAUCGUUCAACCGCGAGUGGGAGGAAGUAUCCCGCGCACAGACUGGGUACAGCGUGCCGGACGCGGAGCUGCGCGAGGCACUCAAGCGCGACAACAAGCAGGCCAUACUGCCGAAGUACUCCGCCUUCCACGACGCUUACGCCGGUCUACCGUUCUCUAAGAACCCUGACAAAUAUGUCAAGUACUUCCAGAUUUCCACACAACUGGACGGCUACUUCGAUGAAGCUGCUUAG